CUUUGGGUCCAUUCCGGUUGUGGCGGUGUCAUAUGUACGAUACUUGAGACUCAUCUCUUACCAUAUGUAAACCUGCUCUCCGUUCCUCUGUGACUAUUUCCUAACGGUGAGGAAGAAUUGGACAGGAAGCAGGAAACGUGCAAUGAGCAGGAGGUACGAGAGUGGACUGGAUACGACGUGUUGUAGUAGUAGCAAGUCGCCGUGAUUCGGCACUUGCGGAUUUUAUUCAGCCAAAGUGACCAGUGGUGGGCUAGAAGCAGGCAGCACAAUUUGGGGAGCAACUCAAGAAGUGGACUACGACGCGGAAAACGACGACAGAAGAAGAAUAGCCAACCCGACUCCUCGGUGGUGGCAUUGUAAAUACAUUGUUGACAACUGGUGGGGGCUGAAGAUGGGCGCGAGCUCAUUAAUCAACCCUUCCUCCGCUUCGUCACCCAGUCCUAGGAUCAUGGUCCUGAUGGACACCCGAGGCCUGUCCACCCUCUACGCGGCGGACCGGAUGUUGCGAAGUGUGCAGAAGAUAACGAUGGUGCUCUUGGUGGCAGUGCUGGUCUUUGUGACCUCGUCCGGACUGAACAACGAGAUUCUGGGGAGCUGUCCCAAGGAGUGCCAAUGUUACAACUUGCAAGUCGACUGUUCCGAGCGAGGGCUGAGCUCCGUCCCCAAAGGCAUUCCACGCAACGUGGAGAAAAUAGAACUUCAAGGAAAUAACCUGACCAUGAUUCGCCUCUCGGAUUUCGCCGGACUUGGAUCAUUGCGAGUAAUACAAUUGUCCGAUAACGAGAUUCAUACCGUGGAGAAGGGCUCCUUUCAAGAUCUGGCCUCGUUGGAAAGAAUACGACUGAGCACCAACAGAUUGAGAACGAUUCCAGAUCUCCUGUUUGCAAACAGUCCCAGCUUAGCAAAGAUAGAUUUGAGCCACAACCAGCUGAGUGCCAUUCGAAAGCGAUCCUUGAUGGGGCCAAAUUAUUUAAAAUCACUGAUGCUGGAUCACAACCAUCUCACGUGCAUUGACGAGGCUGCCAUUCGCCCAUUACGAGACUUGGAAGUUUUGACGCUGGAGAACAACAAUUUAACGUCCCUGCACAAGGACGCGUUCGAAGGGUUGGUGAAACUGAAGCAUUUCUCACUUGGAAACAAUCCGCUGAUUUGCGACUGUCACCUCGGUUGGCUGACCCGGUGGUUGAGACGAGCUCCGAAAAGUGUGUCGCAGGCCAGGUGCAACUCACCCUAUCAUCUCCGAGACAGAACGAUUGACGAAGUUUUGGAGUCUGAGUUCAAAUGCGCUGGGGUGGUUGAGCGGAAAUGGAACAAGUGCGGUGGCGACGAGAACUGUCCUCAUCCCUGCGUGUGUGCGGAUGGUGUGGUGGAUUGCAGGGACCUCACCCUCAAAUCCGUGCCAGACUCCCUGCCCGAAGAUGUCAUUGAGCUGCGACUGGAGCAAAAUGAAAUCACUGAAAUACCACCCGGAGCGUUUUCCUCAUACAAACGUCUUCGAAGAUUGGAUUUAAGCAACAAUCAGAUCCAGAAGAUUGCAGUGGAUGCGUUUCGAAAUCUCAAGUCGAUGACGUCCCUGGUGCUGUACGGAAAUCGCAUCACGGUUCUCCCACCAGGAAUAUUCAACGGACUCUCCUCUCUCCAAUUACUCUUACUAAACGCAAAUCGGAUUACAUGCAUUCGCCGAGACACAUUCCAGGACUUGAACAACCUGAGCUUACUGUCGCUCUACGACAAUAAGAUCCAGUCCCUCGAGAAUGGAACCUUUGAAGCGCUCCGGAACAUCCAGACUCUUCAUUUGGCUCGAAAUCCAUUCCACUGCGAUUGUCGACUUCGCUGGCUGUCGGAUUAUUUGCAUGGAAACCCUAUCGAGACUUCAGGGGCGAGGUGUGAAGCUCCCAAGCGAAUGCAGCGGAAGCGAUUGGCCUCCUUCAGAGAGGACAAGAUGAAAUGUGACGAGGAGGACAGCAAGACGUGGAUCGACGAAUGUGCAGACAUCAAAUGUCCAGUGGAAUGUGUUUGCGAAGGAGGCGUGGUGGAUUGUUCUAACCGAGCAUUUCGAGAAAUUCCACAGGACAUCCCGGAGCAAGUCACACAUUUAUGUCUAUCUGGGAACAACCUGAGCCGCAUAAGAAACGGCUGGAUUUCUUUGCUCCCAAAUUUGCAAAAGUUGGAUUUGAGUGGGAACAGAAUCUCUGCCAUUGAGGAUGGAGCCUUCCGGGACGCAUCUUCACUGCAAGAAGUAGCGAUUUCUGGGAACAAAUUGAAGGAGAUAAAUAAUAAGAUGUUCUUGGGACUGACUCAUCUGAAAACUUUGUCCUUGGCUGACAAUCACAUAUCCUGCAUAAUGCCCGGCUCCUUCGAUUCCUUGUCCAAUCUCCAAUCUUUGGACUUGGAUGGAAACGCGUUCAUUUGCAAUUGCCACCUGGCCUGGUUUGCAGACUGGUUGCGAAGAGAAGAGUCCCUCUUUCCGUCGAGUGGACCAAAGUGUGUGGCCCCCAUGCGUCACAAGGACACCUUGAUUCGCAGCCUGCCAACGCAUGAGUUUCGGUGCACGAGUGACGACCGCGGAUGUCUCGGAGAAGAGUACUGCCCACCGCAGUGUAACUGCACGGGAACCGUUGUGUGGUGUAGUCGAAGUAGUUUGAGAGAAAUUCCGAGCGGAAUUCCAGCAGCCACUUCUGAACUGUAUCUCGACGUGAAUGAAAUCCAGAGGAUCGACUUGAGCCGAAUUAGACAUUUGAAGUAUCUCACGAAACUGGAUUUGAGCAACAACCAAAUCACAAUGAUUUCCAACCAUACUUUCGCAAACUUGACGAAACUCUCGACUUUGAUAAUCAGCUACAAUCGGUUGCAAUGUAUUGAGAGGGACGCUCUUGCGGGUCUGACGGCACUCCGAAUUUUAUCUAUUCAUGCCAAUGAAAUUUCCAUGAUACCAGAAGGAACUUUCCGAGAUCUACGUGCCAUUACGCACUUGGCUUUGGGUGGAAAUCCGCUAUUUUGCGAUUGUGGACUCAAAUGGCUUGCGGACUGGGUAAAACGUGACUUUUUGGAGCCAGGAAUUGCUCGAUGCAGUGAGCCAGAGUCGAUGAGGAAUAAACUUAUUCUAACGACUCCUCCAGGUGACUUUGAGUGUUGGAAAGAUAGCAUACCCGCGUCCAUUCAAGCGAAAUGCGAUGCGUGCUACAACUUCCCAUGUUCCAACGGAGCGACUUGUCGGACGAUGCCUGACCGAGGGUUCGAGUGUGAGUGUACUCCUGGUUAUCAUGGGCGUCACUGCGAACAAGUUAUUGAUGCGUGUUACGGACAACCUUGCAUUAACGCGGGGACAUGCAAGGUCAUGGAGGAAGGUCGAUUCAGCUGUCUUUGUCGCGCUGGAUUCAUUGGUCAUCGUUGCGAAACCAACCAAGAUGACUGCGUUGGUCACAAGUGUGAAAACAAUGCGACCUGUGUGGAUCUCAUCGGGCACUACAAGUGCCAGUGUCCGCUAGGAUUUACAGGAGAAUACUGUGAAAAGAAGAUCCCAUUCUGUACCAAGGAUUUCAACCCGUGCAAAAACGGAGCCAAGUGCGUCGAUCAUUUUACCCACCACACUUGCGAAUGCCCCAUUGGAUACCAAGGCGAAAACUGCUCCAUUAAUAUUGAUGACUGUCUAAAUAACAUGUGUCAAAACGGAGGAACGUGCGUGGACGGGAUAAACGAGUACACUUGCCAGUGCACGGAAGAGUUUAGUGGACGGUACUGCGAGGUGUCUCCUAGCGUGGCGAUGCUCUACCCGAAGACGUCCCCAUGUCAGGACAAUGAUUGUCUUCAUGGCUUCUGCUUCCUGCCUCCAGACUCCAACCCGCCUGACCCCGUCUGUUUCUGCGAAGCUGGUUACACCGGGAAAAGAUGCGAGUUUUUAACGAGCAUUAGUAUCGGAAGCAAUGGCUCGUGGGUGGAAUUGGAGCCUCUCCGCACAAAGCCAGAGGCCAACAUAACUUUGAUGUUAUCCACGACGGAGCUGAAUGGGGUUCUCCUCUACGACGGGGAGGGCCAGCACAUCGCCGUCGAGCUCUUCCUUGGACGGAUACGAGUCAGUUAUGAUGUCGGCAAUUACCCCGCUUCCACCAUGUACAGCUAUGAAAUGAUUGCUGAUGGAGAGGAGCAUCGCGUUGAGCUUUUGGCCAUCAAGAAAAACUUUACCAUGCGGGUGGAUGGAGGCAAAGCUCGCUCAAUCAUCAACGACGGUGAAAAGGAUAUGUUGAAACUUACGACGCCACUAUUCAUCGGAGGCCUGCCAUCAAACGUGGCAGCCACAGCUUUAAAUUUAUGGCAUCUGAGGAACAGUACAUCAUUCCAUGGUUGUUUGUCAACAGUCAUCAUCAAUCACAAGAGGGUGGACUACAGCAAUGCCAAACGACAGCAAGGUAUCGUUCCGGGUUGUGCAGCUAUCCAGGGAGAGGAACCAGAACGACAGCCCACGCCACCAGCCGUGAAGGACGUUACUCCGACUCAGAUACAAUCAAGCUUUAUUUCCAAAAUCGUCAAAGAGGCGAGAGAUGUUUGCAAAGAUCAUCGCUGCAAAAAUGGGAGGUGUCUCCCUUCCAAGAAUGGUGAGACUGGAGGGUCAUAUUUUUGCAGAUGUACUCCCGGAUAUGGGGGUCGCUUCUGUGAUGAAGCUCCUACCUGCAAGAAGGAACAGUAUAAGGAUUACUACACAGAGCACGGUUGUCGAUCCAGGAGACCUCUCAAGAUCGCAGCGUGCGUGGGGAGUUGCGGAGACACAUGUUGCACUCCCAAACGAUCGAGACGUCGAAGAGUUAGACUUAUCUGCAACGAUGGGACACGUUACACAAAGGAUGUUGAGAUUAUCCGGAAGUGUGCGUGUUCUAAAAAAUGCUACUAAACUAAUCGUAUUACAAUAGGAGUAAUUUCACCAAAUCAAAUUUAUCUACCGUACGUACUUCUUCUGACCCAGAAAAAAUUUUGUAUCUUUACUAAAUGCGAGCUCUCAACAAAUGUGUAACUUUGAGAAUAAUUAUAAAAUAUCAAGUGUAAAUGGAGGAGUUAUUAAACAUGUAUAUCGCGUAAUAACCAUUUUAUUAUAAUGAUAAACACUCGUUAAAUACUACUAAACUGUAAAUUACUGUUGUACAGAAAGAAAAAACAAGAAUACACAUUUUGGUUCAAAUGUAUCACAUACAAGAAUUUCCACGAUAUCAAUUACUGAAUAAUGUUUGCUAGCUGGUUAGUUAAUUGUUGUUGUUGUUAUCAUUAUUGAAAAAUAACGUUUUUAAAAUCCUACUAAAUACUAUUACUAGAUAAAUAGUACUGCCGUUCUAAAAGUAUAACAAAUGAAAAAAACUCUAAAAAAUUAAUGUCCUUUACUUUAUAUUUUACAGUUUUAUGCUGCAUGCAUUUAUGUUUUUAAUGAGAAAAAUGUGGGUUAAUUUUUUUAUUAUAGAGAAAAAUGCUCGUAGUAUUAAUUCUGUUAUUAUCUGCGAUUUGCAGACAUCACAAAUUAUGAGGUGGUUAAAAAUUUAGAAACACAAAAAUUUGUGGUCAACCUUAUCAUUGACGUUGGUUAUCAGAUACAAAUCGAGACCCGGUGAGGAGGACCUUCUCCCUCAUACAAGGAAUUUUUAUAUUCUUCCACGUAACUCAGGUUGUACAAAUUCACUACAAUUAUAAUGUGUAAACAUAACAAGGCGUAAAUUAAUUAAUUAAUUAAUUACUGUACUCUUAGUUUUAGUCAUAACAUGACUAUACGCAUGUGUGUUCAUCAUGUCAGUUGUUGUUCCCGUUUUAGUCCCAUCGUCAUAUAAUUAACUUAUUACUAGCCACACACACACCAACCUUAAUUGGUUUUGAUUAUUGUUGAUUAAGUUUUACUCAUUUUUUUGCUCUAUGUUAUAAAUACUAUAAACACGGCAACAUAUAUUUAAUACGUAGGUCGUAGAAAAUAUUAUUUUCAAAAUAUGCAUUUAACAGGUAUUAAUUGUUACGUAACGUAUUAGUAUUGUUUGGAGAUUGAGAAUUCUUCGUGUCACAGGAGCACAUUAUACUCUUCUUGCUACUACAUAAAUAUUGCUACGCUCAGUAUAAUGCUUUCGUGUCACAUUAUAUUAUGGCUUCAAAAUGCUGUUUUAAUAAAGAUCGGCGAGAAAAUAAA